AACAAGUGGAAAAGGUAAAUAAGAUUAGGGAGUGCACUUCUUAUAUAACUUCGGACUUCCCAUCCUAUAAUUACAACACAGUUUCUCUCCCCUCACAAGAGAAGAAUCGCCACUAUCACAAUAUCUCUCCCACACUUUUCCAUAUCCUCAAACACCGAGCUCCAAAACCAUUCCUCACGAUCUCUCUAAUCACAGUCACCGACUCAUAUUUAAAUUUAUAUAUAUAUAUAAAAAAAUCCACCGCACCGAAAUGGAUAGCACCGAGAAUUCUCAGGAUAUUGUAGUGCCGCCAGUCGAAGGUGUUGCUGGAGGGGGAACAGCCUAUGGAUGGAGUGAUGAUGGUGGUUUACAUGGGUCGAAUCCACUAAAGGGAUCAAUUGAUCCCACAGAGGUUCAGACCGCAGAUUUAGUGCAUGUGUGGUUCAUGCCAAGCACAAUGAAUGUUGGACCGCAAGAAAUGCCCAGACAUUUGGAGCCCAUAAAUCUCCUGGCAGCUAGAAAUGAGAGAGAAAGUGUUCAAGUUGCUCUACGUCCAAAAGUUUCUUGGGUUGGUUCAGGUGUGGCAGGGGUUGUGCAGGUUCAGUGUAGUGACUUAUGUUCAACAUCUGGUGACCGGUUGGUUGUUGGACAAUCAGUAAGGUUGCGGCAUGUUGUGCCCAUAUUAGGUGUUCCAGAUGCUCUUGUGCCCCUUGAUCUUCCAGUCGGUCAAUUAAACCUACUUCCAGGAGAGACCACUGCAGUAUGGGUUUCCAUCGACAUUCCAAGCACGCAAGCCCCAGGUCAAUAUGAGGGGGAGGUCAUCAUUACUGCUGUAAAGACAGAUGCAGAAUCUCGAUCACAAUACAUGGGCAAAGCUGAGAAGCAUCAACUUUACAGUGAACUUAGGAGCUGUCUUGACAUUGUGGAGCCCAUUGAUGGAAAACCACUGGAAGAAGUGGUAGAAAGAGUGAAAUCUGCCAGUACAUCUUUAAGAAGAGUUCUUCUGUCUCCAUCCUUUUCUGAAUUCUUUUCAGAUAAUGGGCCAGUUGAUAUAAUGGAUGAAGAUGCUAUUUCAAACCUUUCAGUACGUGUGAAGUUAAAUUUGACAGUUUGGGACUUCAUUCUGCCUGUAACUCCGUCUCUUCCUGCAGUGUUUGGUAUAUCUGAUACUGUAAUUGAGGAUCGUUUUGGUGUUGAACAUGGGACUCAAGAGUGGUAUGAGGCAUUGGACCAACAUUUCAAAUGGCUUUUGCAAUUUAGAAUCAGCCCAUAUUUUUGCAGAUGGGGUGACAGCAUGCGUGUCUUGACAUACACCAGCCCAUAUCCAGCCGACCAUCCAAAAUCAGAUGAAUAUUUUUCAGACCCGCGACUAGCGGCAUAUGCCGUACCAUAUAGUAAAGCUGUCUUCGGAAGUGAAGCAGCGAAGGAUUACUUGCUGAAAGAAAUUGAGAUAUUGAGGACAAAGAAUCACUGGAAGAAGGCUUAUUUUUACUUGUGGGAUGAGCCUCUAAACUUGGAACAAUAUGAUUCCAUUCGCAAAAUGGCUAGUGAGAUUCAUGCUUAUGCUCCUGAUGCACGUGUUUUAACUACUUACUACUGUGGACCAAGUGAUGCACCUCUUGCACCUACUGCUUUUGAGGCUUUUGUAAAAGUUCCAAACUUCCUGCGGCCUCAUACUCAAAUUUAUUGUACAAGUGAGUGGGUGCUUGGCAAUCGAGAGGAUUUGGUCAAGGAUAUUAUUGGUGAACUGCAACCAGAGAGUGGUGAAGAGUGGUGGACAUAUGUGUGCAUGGGACCAUCUGAUCCCCAUCCCAAUUGGCACCUUGGGAUGCGAGGAACACAACACCGUGCUGUUUUUUGGCGGGUAUGGAAAGAAGGUGGCACAGGGUUCUUAUAUUGGGGUGCCAACUGCUAUGAGAAAGCAUCAGUUCCCAGCGCUGAGAUUAGAUUUAGGCGUGGCCUUCCUCCUGGAGAUGGAGUUUUGUUCUACCCUGGUGAAGUGUUCUCCUCUUCACAUGAACCAGUUGCUUCAGUUAGACUAGAGCGCAUUCUCAGUGGUUUGCAGGACAUCGAGUACCUGAAGUUGUAUGCUUCAAGAUAUGGUAGGGAUGAAGGUCUUGCUCUUUUGGAGAAGACAGGGGUAUACCUUGGUCCCGAGCGUUACACACUUGAGCACAUGCCUGUUGAUGUAAUGCGGGGUGAGAUCUUCAACAUGUGUCGGUCAUGAAGAAAGCUUUACGCACACUUCACAACAUAUGGCAGAAAUGAAAGAUUUCUCUUUCGGAAAAGACGCGUGAAUCACACACUAGAAGAUAUGCAGUUAGAUCUUCAACAUGGACAGAUAUAGAUAUCAGUUUCUUACUGAGUGCACUGUCUGAUUUUUAUAGUAGUUUUCUACAUUCAUAGUUUCCCUUUCCUAGAUAAAUUAGUAAAGACAAGCUCGGGAACUUUUGUGCGACAGUGACGAUGUGAACCCACAUACUAGCACAUGCACAUAGGGGUUUAGUUGCACAUAGGCAAAUGUAAUUUUGUAUGAGACAAUGAUGGAUUAUUCCGAGGUUCAUUUCAGCACUAAGUUGUCUGGCAUGAUACAAUGUCGUUGACUCCACUAGCUGACUUCUUAGGUCUUGUGUUAUGUCCCUGGUUGUUCAAUACUGUUUACUGGUAUAGGUGCUAGUUUAAAUUGCCUUGUUAUUGUAAGGAAUUUCAGCCUCUGGUUUAAUCUUGUUUGUAAAUGAUUAGGCUCUCUUUUUCGGCCUGGUCUGGACUUGCCUUAGUUGCUGGACCACUUGAAUCUUGAUAUUUUUUAUUGAAAGUUUUAGACCCUGAUCUAUUAUAUUGCGGUGAA